AUGACGUCCACCAACCGGGAGAUUGUUCUCGCCUACCGCCAUUUGUAUCAACACCUUCUCCGAGCAGUACAGUAUUCCAAACCCGCUCGAUAUGUAGCUCGAGACCGCAUUCGUGCCGCUUUCAGGGACUCAUCACCUGAAUCCUACGAUCCGACGAGGAUAUCAAGAACAUUGGAGUUCUUGGAAGGUGCUGCUAAAACGAAAGGAUUGGAGCACAAGAUCCUGAAGAAUUUGAUGCAUGUCUGGUGGGAACGUCAGRGAUUGGGUACUCUUUCUGUACGUGGCGAAGAUCUGGCCUUUCGACAGAAUGCUCAUGUACAUUUCGACCGGACGAUAGAGAGGUUAAAUGAAACUAUGGGUUUGUGCAUUCGAUGA